AUGUCUUUCCCUUCCUCUUUCUCUAGCACUUACUCUUCGCUCUCGUCGGCUGAGCUGACGCCGUCCCCGAGCCCUGGGCCGUCAACCACCCGCCAGUCAGCCGUAUCUGAGACUCCUCGUAACCAGCUGGUCCGGUACGAGGAUGCCCCAGACAAGAAGAAUUCAGACCCAAGUUGGAUCCAGAAGGGACUGCUGGUGAUGGACCUCGCCAAAGAGAAGGAGAUCAACCGCAAGCUGGAGUAUCAGGUCCAGCAACAAGAGGAGACCAUCAGCGACCUGAGCAGCGACAUAUUCGUGCACAAAGAAGCACUGGCCGACAGUGAGGCCCAGAGCGAAGCCAACAGAGCCGCGGCACAGCGCCUGCGAACAGCCCUCAUUCGCCAGGGAAAACAAGCCGAGAUGAGCGAAAGCUACACCGGGGAGGUCGAGCUCCGAUGCAGCGAGCUCGAGAUCGCCAACCAAAGCGUGCGCCAGGUCUCGGCAGAUCGUGAGAAAGUCCUCAACCGCCAAAUUCACCACAUGGAGGACCGCGUGCAGGAGCUUGAGCAAGCCGCCACCGAGUCAUCGAACGAUCUGCGCCUGUAUCAGGGCCAGAUCAAACGCGACACUGAGCACUGGUUCAAUCUGCGACGGGCCAUCGAAGCUAGCAACCCCGGCGAGCAAGAAAAGGUCGGCCUCCUGAACGACGGCAUGGCUCGCACAAUGCAACUCGUCGACCGCGCCGAGGCCAUGUGCCGAACGAUCAUGCAGCAGCAGACCGGGUUCCACCGCGCUGAGGUGGAUGUGAGGCGCGCGAUGACCGCAGGUCAACGCCUAAGCUCUCACCUGGGUCUGACCCAGCCCCCAGAUGCGAAGGACAUGUCAAGCGACAAAGACACGAUGGACGGUGUAUCUUCGUUCAAAGACGACGCGCCGAAUGAUAAUGACACCAUCAUGCGCAGCACCACGCUGUCGGUAGCAUCGGAGCCAUACAGCCCGAUGCUCACGGAGAUGCACCUGCCUGCUAAUCCUGGCCCGGAUUUCAUGGAAGGUGUCAAACCAACCGGUCCCGGCGUGUCCUGGGUCCAAGGAGUCUGGCCACCGAUUCCGCCCCCUUCGCCCGUGAGCUCGGUCGAUUCGGUUUGGGAUGGGGAUACCGCCGUGAUCAGCUGCCCGCCAAGCACCCGGCUUCCGCCCCGAAAGCGCGCCCGGUACAUCAUGGCAUCCGAUGAGAGUUCCUCGUCCGAUGAUAGUGACUUGUUCGAUUUGGAUGACCUGCCCAUGCCGACCUUCAAGCGCAUGAAGGUGUGCGGUGGCUGUGGACGGCCCGACCAAGUCCCGCCGUACGAGAUCCCCGUGCGGACAGUGGAGAUGGCAGACGCCCCCAUCAUGGAGCCUGAGACUGGCACGUUUAGCUCGAUUCCGAAAGCCGCCGCCGAUCCCCAACCCACCCCGGCACCACAGAAUGUUGGAUAUCUUCCGUCGUCCGAUUCGCCGCCGGCAUUGAAACCUGCUCGGUCCAACAGCAGCGUCCAGAUGACACCCCCUUUCGUGGUCUAUGCCGUCCAUCCCGAGCCACCGCGGCCCAAGGAUUCGUCGAUGGUCUCACAGGGGACGCAAGUGAGCGACCGCCAAGCCCGUUGGGACCUCUCCAUCGAAGCUGGCGAAUUGCCCAUUCGAUCCGUCCAGACGCAGACCGACAAGCCGCCGGUUCGGAAUCAAGGCACCCAGACGGACAGAGGACGCGUCUCCCGUUCCAGAGAAAAACGGAAGACAGCGAUGCGAAUAGACAAACACAAGACAAGCCGACCACGUCCACGGCCACGUCCACUCAUGCGACCUCAGCGAGCGCUGGAGCCAAAGCGGUAUUCGAUGCCGGGAAAGUGGCCACUGAGUCCAGUUCCCGAGGAUGCAGCUCAUGGAUCAGACAUGGCAGAAGCUCCUCGCCACUCGGGAAGCACCAUGCAUGGAAUUCUCGACAGCUACCAGCAGGUCCACCACGGGGUGGUGACUUGGCUGACUCGGUUGCUCCAGAUGCAGCCGCGAGAGAUGAUCUGCAGCGUGGUUGGUCUGGCGGCGUUGUUGUACUUGUGGCAUGGUUACCGCGUUCAUCGCCACUGGAUGCUGGUGAACGAGAUCCCCCGGGGUGUGGUGGAGGGGCUGCGCAACCGGCCCAUGUCUGAUUCCGGUAUGGUCGAAUCGAUCACCUUCGGCCUGACGACGGCGUUUAAUGUCGACCGCUCAACUCUGGGCUGA